UCCUGGCAACCGACCAAUCGUGAAUGACAUCCAAUGUGAAUCUAGUACUUAGAUGUGAGUUCAGAAUAGAAUAUCAUCGUGGAACUGGUUGAUUGAUUGAGGAAAGAUCGAAUUUAAUCAAGUUUCGCUCAUUUCUGACAAUGUUGGGCUCCGAUAGUUUGAAGCAACUGCAGAAGCUGUUUAAAUCGGCCAAUGGUGAAAGCGAUUCAGAAGACGAUGAACGGUGCAAUGUUGGAGGGGCUCAGCAAAUAGGUCCUGGAGACAUUGGGUCAUCUUCGAAACCAAAGCAUAAAAAGAAGCAGAAUCAAAAUCCGGAGGAUCAUGUGAAGACUUGCUCAUACGCUCCAUUGCAGAAAGAGCAAACAACAGAGCCUAAGACUAUCGAGGAGUUUGAAAAACAGCUUGAAACGGAAUGCGAAAAUCUUUUGGAAUCCCGUCCGACACCCGAGUACAAGAUAUCCUACAAGCAAACCGUUGGAACGGAGGACCUCUUUUUGCAGAUGAGUGGGAAAACUCCCAGCACGUCCAGCUGUGAGAAUAUGAUUGUCGAAGUUUUCCUAUCGGACGAAAUUGGAGUCGGAAUACACCAUAUCGAUCUCACCGUUCAGGAGCAACGAAUUCUGGUCAAGUCACCGAAGUACUUCCUGGAUCUUCAACUGCCCCACAAAGUAGAUCCCGACAAGGGCAAUGCCGCCUGGCUGUCGGAGGAAAAGGUUCUCAAGCUUACACUAAAGAUGGAACGCGAGUAUGACUUUGUAAAUUUUUGAACUUUGUGUGCCAUUCAUCGCUUAUUAGCAUGCAAUUCAGUUGUGGCAAUUCACGCUGUCACAGAGUGUCGUUGGAUUGUUGUUGAGUCAUGCUUUGCAGGAAAAACGUGUUCAAUAAAGGGUUUGAUAGAGCGUU